AUGGUGAUGGCGGAGCUGCUGGGGGGUGGUCGGUUGCAGUGGGGCAGCAGUGGAGCUGCGAGGCUGCUGCUGCUGCUGCUGCUAUCGCCAAAGUCGCGACCCAAGGGGAAAGGAGAUGGUUCUUGUGGUUGCCGACGAGAUGACGUGCGUGAGGGCUUGGGUGGCUACCGGAGUUGGUGCAGCAAAGGAGUUGCAGAGGGGUCUGUGGCUAGUUCUGGAGCAGAAAGCGGAGGGCGAGGGAGUGGUGCUCUGAUGGAGGCCGGAGUAGCCGCUGCUGCUGGAUGUUUAGGAAGUUGUUGGUCCAGGGCCGCUGUGGUGCUCCGGCGGGAGAUUGUGCAGGAACAGUGGGGCUGGUAUGAUGGUGGUGGCUCGGCCGGAAGAUGGGGAAACAGGGGAAGAGCAGGGGGACUGAGAAACAGAGAGGGAGAGCAGAGGGUUUGA